GCAAGAAAAUUUUCAGCUUCUUUUGGUUUUCUUAUAUUUUAGUGACACAAUGGACCUUGGGAGCAGAGGAAGAAUCCACUGUAACAUGAGACUCACCUGCUCUCUGCUAAUCAUGGCAGCAUUCUGCAUGACACCUUUCCUCUGCCAUAGUCAAACUGAUCCACUAGCUCUUGGGUGGGCAGAUCCCCAGUGUUGGGAAUCCUCCUCAGCUGUCUUACUGGAGAUGAGGAAGCCUCGCAUUUCUGACUCUGUCAGUGGCUUUUGGGACUUCAUGAUUUUUCUGAAAUCAUCAGAGAAUCUGAAACAUGGGGCUUUGUUCUGGGACCUGGCUCAGCUCUUCUGGGAUAUCUAUGUGGACUGUGUGCUCUCCAGAACCCAUGGCCUAGGGAGAAGGCAGCUAGCAGACGCUGAGCAGAAGAUUGCUACUCUACAUUCUCAGUUCACAGGGAGAAACCAAGGGAUAUUUUCUCAUAUUCAGAGGUCGCCAAUUCUGAAGAAGAGAGACUCAUUUGAAGAUUUAAUAAGUAUCCACAUGCAUAAGAGUAGACCUACAUUACUUCGAAGAGUCAUUGGAGAGCUAGGAAAAAAGAGGAAAUCACACUUUUAGUUCAAGAUCUUGAUUUGUAGAUAUUUUUUAAUUACUUCUCUUUAUUUUUUGCAUUCUAAUCCUCACUGAUGAAAAAGGCCUGUAAGCAUGGGCACCAUAUCUCCGAUUAACUUGGACUUAUGUUUUUUUUAAUUAUCUAUUAAUUUCAUCUCCUUAAUAAACUGCAUGAUUUAUAA